GGCGGCGGGGGCGGCGGAGCCGGGCGGGUGGCGGCCGCGGGUCAUGGGCAAGGACUACUACCAGACGCUGGGCCUGGCCCGCGGCGCGUCGGACGAGGAGAUCAAGCGCGCCUACCGGCGCCAGGCGCUGCGCUACCACCCCGACAAGAACAAGGAGCCGGGCGCCGAGGAGAAGUUCAAGGAGAUCGCCGAGGCCUACGACGUGCUCAGCGACCCGCGCAAGCGCGACAUCUUCGACCGCCUGGGCGAGGAAGGCCUCAAGGGCGGCGGCCCCAGCGGCGGCAGCAGCGGGGGUGCUGACGGCACCUCUUUCAGCUACACGUUCCAUGGAGAUCCUCAUGCCAUGUUCGCCCAGUUCUUCGGUGGUCGGAAUCCGUUUGACACCUUUUUCGGGCAGCGCAACGGGGAGGAAGGCAUGGAUAUCGACGAUCCUUUCUCCGGCUUCCCCAUGGGCAUGGGCGCCUUCACCAACGUGAACUUGGGCCGCUCCCGCCCUGCCCAGGAGCCCAGCCGAAAGAAGCAAGAUCCCCCCGUCACCCACGACCUGAGGGUGUCACUCGAAGAGAUCUAUAGCGGCUGUACCAAGAAGAUGAAAAUCUCCCACAAGCGGCUGAACCCCGAUGGAAAGAGCGUUCGCAACGAAGACAAAAUCCUGACCAUCGAAGUGAAGCGCGGGUGGAAGGAAGGGACCAAGAUCACCUUCCCCAAGGAAGGCGACCAGACCUCCACCAACAUUCCGGCCGACAUCGUCUUUGUUCUAAGGGACAAGCCGCACAACGUCUUCAAGAGGGACGGCUCCGACGUCAUCUACCCGGCCCGGAUCAGCCUCCGGGAGGCUCUGUGUGGCUGUACCGUGAACGUCCCCACUCUGGACGGCAGAACCAUACCUGUCGUGUUCAAAGACGUCAUCAGGCCUGGCAUGCGGCGGAAAGUUCCUGGAGAAGGCCUCCCUCUCCCCAAGACACCCGAGAAGCGCGGGGAUCUCGUCAUUGAGUUUGAAGUGCUCUUCCCGGACAGGAUCCCCCAGACGUCAAGAACCGUACUGGAGCAGGUUCUUCCGAUAUAGCUGACCGUGUCUCCGAGGACUGAUCAGGGACCUUUCCAGAGCUGAAGGCUUUCCGGACCGUUCCACCACUUGUGGCCCCUUGAGAGGGCGGGAGGGCCCAGGGAGGGCUCCGUACUGCUGAAUGUGUUUCAGAGAAUAUAUUACAAUCUUUGAAAGUCGAGCACUAGACUGAAGUGGUUUUUGCAGUGAUAGGGCAGGAGGUGGUGGGCACGACAGGAAAAGGCGUUGCAGUCUGCACCCGGGUCCUGCAGCCCUCCAGGGAGGGGCCCCUGCCCUCCUCCAGGCCCUGUUGCAGGGCCAGAGCCAGACCCACGGCUGGACUCAUCCCUCUGUGGGCCUUUGGCUUGCAGCUGAGGUGGUGUCGACCUGUUGUCCUCCUCAGCAGAGCUGGUACAGUCCUCAGUUUCUGCUGUGUGAUGGGUUUGUGUCUGUUGUGUAUUUGUCUUCCAUGUCCUGCUCUUCUUCUAAAGAAUCCAGUUUUCUGUUUUGUCAUCUCAAAUUGAGAACCUAGACUGUGUUUGCAGAACUGCCUGGCUGGCGCCCACAAGUAAUACCUCUCACUCCAGCAGGACCAGGGGAGCCGGCCUGGAGCAAGCCAGUGACUGGCGCAGCCACCUCUCCGCUGAAGGUCGGGGGUGCUCUCGAUCCCUGGUCCCAAGGCUGAGUGUGCGCACUCACCAGGUAUUCUGCUGUGUAAGGCAAUCCUUUGGCAUACCUGUGGCUUACCAGAGACCCUGGUAAUUUUUUUUGUAAUAGACUUUGGACUCAUUCAAAGGGAUCUAAUCCUUUUGAAUUUUGCACAGCCCUAGAUAUAAUCCUUUUUGAUAAAAGGGUCUUUGCUUCUGAUUACAGGAGCACUGUGGAACGCCUGUAAAUAUGUUUUUAUAGUUCUGUGUAAAGACAGUGUGCAUUCCAGAAAGACCAAGUCGUCGGCAGCUGCUGCCUGUAUGGGGCCAUGGUGGAGUUGAGAAGGCACCUUGGGAGUGGGGAGUCGGGACAAGUGUCUGUUCCUUGCAGGCCAGUCUGGUGCUCAGACCUUUAGAUUCAUUGUCAGUUGCCACUGCCAACGUGAGACCAAAGUGUGUGACUUGUCGAUGUGCAGCGCCACAGCAUUAAAGACUGAUGCUAAACCUG